CCCUGGAGCGGCUCCGUCGCGCCGGAUUCACCGCCCCGCCGGGAGUGCGCCUGCGCCGUCUCCGGGGCUCUCCACCUCCGCUUCCCCUCCCCCUGACCCCCGCGGGGGCUCCGGGCCCGGCGGGACCAUGUUUACCAGCACCGGUUCCAGUGGGCUUUGAUCGGACCUACUUCCUCAUGCUUUCGAGGCAAGUGCUACCACUGAGCUACAACCCCAGCCCGAGGAUACCUGUUUUAAGUCUUGAGAACAAGGCACCUCUGUCUAAGAGUCUUUUGCUGGUCCCCAGUGCCCUGUCCCUUCUGCUGGCCCUCCUACUGCCUCACUGUCAGAAGUUCUUUGUGUAUGACCUCCAGGCAGUCAAGAACGACUUCCAGAUUUGGAGGUUGAUAUGUGGAAGAGUAAUUUGCCUUGAUUUAAAAGAUACUUUCUGCAGUAGUCUGCUUAUUUAUAAUUUUAGGAUAUUUGAAAGAAGAUAUGGAAGCAGAAAAUUUGCAUCCUUUUUGCUAGGUUGCUGGAUUUUGUCAGCCUUGUUUGACUUUCUCCUUGUUGAAGCUAUGCAGUAUUCAUUUGGUAUCACUGUGGCCAGUAAUUUGCCUUCUGGAUUCUUGGCACCUGUGUUUGCUCUAUUUGUACCAUUUUACUGCUCCAUACCAAGAGUCCAAGUGGCACAAAUUCUGGGCCCGUUGUCCAUCACAAACAAGACAUUGAUUUAUAUAUUGGGACUACAGCUUUUCACCUCUGGUUCCUACAUCUGGAUUGUAGCCAUAAGUGGACUUAUCUCGGGUCUGUGCUAUGACCGCAAAAUGUUGCAAGUUCACCAGGUGCUCUGCAUCCCCAGCUGGGUGGCACAGUUCUUCUCUUGGACACUUGAACCCAUCUUCUCAUCUUCAGAACCCACCAGUGAGGCCAGAGUUGGGAUGGGAGCCACAGUGGACAUCCAGAGGCAGCAAAGAAUGGAGCAGCUUGAUCGGCAGCUGAUGCUCUCCCAGUUUGCACAAGUGAGGCGGCAGAGACAGCAGCAGGGAGGAAUGAUCAAUUGGAAUCGUCUUUUCCCUCCUUUACGUCAGCGGAGAAACAUAAACUAUCAAGAUGGUCGUCGGUCAGAACAGCAGGCCUCCCCUCCACUGGAGGUUUCUGAGGAACAGGUCGCCCGGCUCAUGGAGAUGGGAUUCUCCAGAGGUGACGCUUUGGAAGCCUUAAGAGCCUCAAACAAUGACCUCAAUGUGGCCACCAACUUCCUACUGCAGCACUGAUGUUCCCGUCCAGCCACUGACUGGCAGUGGCAUGGUCCCCGCCACCACCUCAGCCCAAGUACCAAGAAGGCUCUGGCAGCGAUGUCUCAUGGGAAGAGGGUGGUUCCCACUGCACCUCUUCCCUGUCUCCGAGAUGGUUACUGUUGUAGUACCAAAAUAAGUUUGCCAUUAAAUUAGCA